AUGCCACCCCAUCUCAUAUCAAUUUCAUAUCCAUUGGAAACGAAAUACGCCAACGCCAACGAAAUCCCAACCAUGGAACAAAUAGCUGUCAUCCUCUUAUCGUUCGUCCUUGCAGCUGGGUUCCUACUGGUGAUUCUAAGUUGUGCUUUAUGGGCAAAUUGGUUACCUCUCUUAGUCGCCCUCACAUUUAUCCUCGCUCCUGUACCCAAUUCAAUCUGCUCCAGAUGCGCUAGAGCAGAUGAUCUAAGCCCUGAAUACAAUUCAGCUUAUGUCGAUUUUGGUAGAUUCUUGACUGGGAUGCUUGUUACAACCGGACUUUCAUUACCUGUCCUCUUGGCACAUUCGAAAUUGAUCCAACCUGCAGCAUGUUGGAUGUCGAUUGCAGGAGGUGGUUUAGUCUAUGGCACAAUCUUAGUUUAUUCAGGUUGGUUCGGUGGCAGUUCAGAUGAUGAAGGUUGGUAG